AUGGCUAAACCCUCCAAAUCUUCCAAAUCUUCUCGCCGGAAAAAGACACCGGCCUCGUCGGGGUCUUCUACUCCAAGCUCCGCAUCCUUAGGUCCCAUCCCACCCUUCACGAAAGUCCCGGACAUUUUGAAACCCUUCGUCGAGCCGUUGUUAUCAGGAGAGAUAUAUCUGGUUCAUAUCGAUACAACAGGGGCAGACCUCAAAUGGCAAGCCUUUCUCGUACCAUCGCUGGUCAACGCUGUAAUUGCCGCCGUCAUUCUACUACGAGUGUACAUGGGAAUCAGCACGUACCCCGCGCUGAUCGCGAUCGUUAUUGGACUUGAAAGCAGCCUUAGUGUCAACUUAUCGACAACGUCAUGGUUUGAUAUCGCUCAACUCAUCAUUCGGAGGACGGGUGGACUCUUCAUCGACUACUUCCUCGUGACCGUGUUCCUAGCCUGGCCGAUCAACUUCAUCCUGGGCCCUGUCCGCUGGCGUCGCGCAAUAGGAUUCCGGGACCGCGAAGUUAUUGUUCGCCGCAGUGCUUCCAGCUGGAGUAGUCAGCUUGUACGCAACACGUGGAUGCGCGAUGACGAGGCGAUGCGCGACAAGAUUGUGGCUGCCGUUACCCCUGAGCGUAUUGGAAAGACUGGAUAUCUGCUUGUGGACGAUGACUGGAAUCUAGACUAUGAUGCGAUGACCCAUGCACAGAAGUUGGUUGACCGAACCCGCAAGGGUGAUGGUGUGCAGCUGGAUGAGUUCCGCACCGCUGUAUUGGUACAUACCGACUCAGAUGGCUGGUUGAUCUGGCGAGUCGGAGACGAUAACACACCGGCUGCUCUCCAAAGAUCUGCGCAGCGGGAUCAGAUCCUUGCUUUCAAGGAUAAGUUGACUGAUAUGGGGAAGGAGAGUCUUUUUUUCCGUUGGGUUGAGUUGGUUCAAUGGGAAAGCUCACAACCUGGUGGAUUUACCCCGGAGAGGCAAAGAUCUGCCAUGCUUCAGGUCAAAAAGAUGUUUGAGGAAGAGAAGGUCGAUUUCAGUAGCUUCUGGGAUGACCUUGGUGGUAUGGAAGGCAUGGGCUUAGAGGAGCUUGAUUGA